CUAUUCGUCUAGUUAACAUUUUUUGUCAAACUCUUUGUUGUCAAGUAUACCUUUCUAUACUCUUUGGUCAAGUAGAUAGAGCGCAGUGUAGCGUGACUAUUUUAUGGACCUAUGAUUUAAAAAUAAAACUUUUGUAUGUUUCAACGCGUAUUCAACUUUAAAACAUUAAAUUGUGCACAAUUAGGUAAAUCCCCAAUUGAUUGUCUUUGUGUUAAUAAGAGAAACAUGCUUUCGGGUAGCAAAAGAACAGCGAGUAGUGCUACAAAAUUAUCAACGCCGGCGAAAAAAUCAAAAAAUUUUGAUGCAAGUACCUUGACAAAUGAUUUUGCUAAAGAAAUACAAAAGAAGAGGGAAGAUACCGCCGAUUCUAUUUUAGAUUAUAAGUUUAAUAAAAAGAGAUUGAGAAUAAUUUCACAAGAGCAGAUGGUACCAGAAGAUUGCGAAGGUAUUGUGUAUUGGAUGUCGCGUGACAGCAGAGUACAGGACAAUUGGGCCUUUUUGUACGCACAAUAUUUAGCCCUCAAAAAUGAAGUUCCCCUUCAUGUUUGCUUUUGUUUGAUAGCCAAAUACUUAGAUGCAUCAGUGAGGCAGUUUCAUUUUUUAAUAAAAGGACUUGAAAAAGUGGCAGAAGAGUGCAAGAAACUAAACAUAUCAUUCCACUUGCUAGAAGGCCAUGGUGGUGAUGUGUUACCUCAGUGGGUGAUAGAUCAUAAAAUAGGAGCUGUUGUAUGUGAUUUCAACCCACUCAGGGUGCCUUUGGGCUGGCUCGAAGUGGCCAAAAAGAAACUGAAAAAAGAUGUACCAUUAAUACAGGUGGAUGCACACAAUAUAGUUCCAUGCUGGGUGGCAUCAGAUAAACAGGAGUAUUCUGCAAGGACUAUAAGGAACAAAAUUAAUUCUAAGCUGGAUGAAUACCUGACUGAAUUCCCACCAGUUAUCAAACAUCCUUAUACAAGCAAAUUUGAACCAGAGCCAAUAGAUUGGGAUGAAGCUAUAACAACUAGGGAGGCAGAUGAAUCGGUGAAGCCUAUAGAAUGGGCCUCGCCUGGCUAUGACAGUGCACUAGAGAUUCUAAAAAGUUUCAUUGAUAAACGUCUCAAAAUCUUUGCUACAAAAAGGAAUGAUCCAACAGUUGAUGCACUCAGUAAUCUAUCGCCGUGGUUUCAUUUUGGUCAAAUAUCAGUACAGCGAGUGGCACUCUGCAUACAGCCAUACAAGUCAAAAUACACCGAAAGUGUGAAUUCGUUUUUAGAAGAGGCAAUUGUACGUCGUGAACUGGCUGAUAACUAUUGUUUCUACUGUGAACACUACGACAGUAUCAAGGGAGCUAGUGCAUGGGCACAGAAAACACUAGACGACCACAGAAAGGACAAAAGGACAUAUAUAUACAGUUUAGAACAACUCUCAAACGCCAAGACCCAUGACGACUUAUGGAAUGCAGCUCAAUUACAAUUGGUACAGGAAGGGAAAAUGCAUGGAUUCUUGCGGAUGUACUGGUGUAAGAAAAUUCUUGAAUGGACACCGUCCCCUGAAGAUGCACUAAAAUAUGCUAUAUACUUAAAUGAUCAUUAUAGUGUCGAUGGAAGAGACCCUAAUGGCUAUGUUGGUUGUAUGUGGUCGAUAUGCGGUAUCCACGACCAGGGCUGGGCGGAGCGAGCCGUCUUCGGCAAGGUGCGCUAUAUGAACUAUGACGGCUGCAAGCGCAAGUUCGACGUUCCCGCCUUCGUGGCGCGCUACGGCCGCUCUGGAAAGGUCAAUUCUUUGUUCAAUGGAGCGAAAAAGAGUAAGCAACCAGACCGUCCACAGUGAAGAUGAAACACAACUUACUUAGAAAUAUUCUUUUUAAAUUUAAUAUUAAGAGUGAAAAAUCGAAUAUUUUAAGCUUUAAAGUGUUUAAAAUUUUAAAUUGUUAAUAUAACUUGUGUAAGAUUUUUAUACAAAAUAACAUUUACUAUGGUAAGUUUUUGUAAAUUCCAAUCACGUCUAAAUGUUAUUCCACGCAUUCUACUGUUAGAUCUGUUAACCUACUUCUGUUUAUUUUUUACUUUUUUUUUUAAAUUUUACUUAGUCGAUAAUGUUUUACAAAACGUCGAGUACAAAAUAUAUUAUUACCUCAAUU